AUGUCGCUUCUUGAUGACGUCCCUGCAGGCGUUUAUUUGAGCUUGAGUCCCUAGUGAUGUUUGCAGGAGUACUAUUAUAAAAUAACACCGAACAGGAACAUUGACGAGCGGUUCGAGGAUGCCUUUAAAAUGUUUACGUUUUGCAGCAAAGGGAAUAUUAUUACGCAGAGCACUGCUCGGGGAACCAAGAUACGGUUCAGGGCAGUUUGCUUCCUUGAGGUUGGCUAGCUCUGAUGGGAAAUCGGAAGCCAAGAAAACACCACUAAGAACACCAAAAACCCCACAAGGUCGAUUUGAUGUUCCUGAACAAGCUCCCAAGGAGAGGGAUCCUCUGGAAAGAUUUCCUGAUGACAUAAACCCAGUUACUAAAGAGAAAGGAGGACCAAGAGGUCCUGAGCCAACUCGAUAUGGGGACUGGGAGAGAAAGGGACGAUGCAUUGAUUUUUAAUCAAACAUGAAAGCCAUAAUAUACUUUCAUGUCUUGUCUAAGAAAUGUUAAGUGAAGAGGAUGAUGAAAUACACUGAUCAAUUAAAAAAAGAUAAUGAACAAAUCCCCGUUCAUUCUGUUUUCAGAACUUUUUUGUUUUUUCCAAAAAGAAAGCAACUCCUCUGUAACAAUAUGCCUGGUGGAGAAUGUGGUAGCGAAUUACAAUUAUAUUUUUUAAUAAGGGGCUUGCUAAAUAUUCACCCCUAUACCUAAUAGAUGAUGAAUUUAAGACUUAACCUAUGGUAUUACUUAAAUACAUAUUUGGCCUAUGGUUACAGACUUCUGAAACACUCAUUAUGGCCUGGAUUUUCCACUGUGGGCAAAUUAAGUACUUGCGUCACUACAACUACCUGGUACGUACUGUAGUACCGUUAUUUAAAUGCACCAUAUGCAGUUUAAUAAAAAAGAAAUAUAAUUAUCGAAGCCUUUGGCUAUAUGUUCUAUUAUUUUUCUUGUAAGUUAUAGUAUUUAGAAAUGGCAUGAAAAUAGGACAUCUAUUUUAUUAGGCAUUGUGUAUAUAAAAUGGUGUAACAAUAUAGUUGUAUAUUGUACUGUUUUUCAGGAGCAUCAAUGCAUUGCCUCUGUACAAUAAAUGUUAAACUGCAGUAAACAAGUUUUUAUUACUUCAA